CCCACACCGGCUAGGCAGGCAGCACAGUCCCUCGGGACAGCUGAGCUUGCCGCUGCAGAGCCAGAGCCGGCUGCAGGAGCACAGCCAUGAGCCCCCUGCUGUGCUACGCCCUCCCUGCCCUGGGCAGCUAUGUCAUGCUCUCCAUCUUCUUCCUGCGCCGGCCUCACCUGCUGCACACACCCCGGGCUCCAACCUUCCGCAUCUGCCUAGGGGCACACCGAGGAGGGUCUGGAGAGCUGCUGGAGAACACCAUGGAGGCCAUGGAAAACUCCAUGGCCCAGCGAGCCGACCUCUUGGAGCUCGACUGCCAGCUGACAAAGGAUGGUGUGGUUGUGGUGUCACAUGAUGAGAACCUGUUGCGCCAGUCAGGCCUGGACAAGGAUGUGGGCAGCCUGGACUUUGAGGACCUGCCCCCCUACAAGGAGGAGCUGGAAGUCUACUUCUCGCCAGGCCGCUAUGCCCGCGGGUCAGACCGGCGCAUGGUGAGUCUGGAGGACUUGUUCCGGAGGUUCCCGAGGAUACCUAUGAGUGUGGAGAUCAAAGGGAAGGACGAAGAGCUCAUUCACAAGAUAGCAAGCCUGGUGAGGCGCUUUGACCGCAACGAUAUCACCAUCUGGGCCUCAGAGAAGAGCUCAGUCAUGAAGAAGUGCAAGGCCGCCAACCCCGAGAUGCCACGGUCCUUCACGAUAACCAGAGCAGCCUGGGUGUUGCUGCUCUAUUACCUGGGGCUGCUGCCCUUCAUACACAUCUCUGAGAGUUUCUUCUUCUGCUUCCUGCCCACCAUCAUCAACAGGACCUACUUCCCAUUUCCCUGGUCUGGGCUGAACAAGCUGACAGCUGCGGUUACAAAAUGGUUGAUCAUGAGGAAGAGUCUGAUCCAACACUUGCAUGAACGAGGGGUGCAGGUGGUCUUUUGGUGCCUUAAUGAAGAGUCAGAUUUUGAAGUGGCCUUCAACCUGGGGGCCUCUGGCGUCAUGACCGAUUAUCCCACGGCCCUGCGGCGCUACCUGGACAACCACAGACCAGCUGCCCUAACCUUCUAAGUUCCACAGACCAGCUGCCCUAACCUUCUAAGUCCCGAAGUCCUCACCCCUCACCCUCUCCUCUGUUUCUCUUCUUGAAGAAUAAACAUUUU